AAUUUAGUUCUACAAUAAUUGCGAAGACUAUCAAGCCAAAGGUAGGUGUAGACUUGAAGUCAACUGUUCUAAUGGAUCUUUAAGAAACACAUCGCCAGUUUCUUCUAUACACAGAAUAUCAGUUGAAGGAGAAGCGAUUUCAGGAGGUGAUUUUUUACUUUUCUUUCUUUAGUUUCCUGUUUCCGUGGAGAAAGGAGACUUAUGGCUGAGGCUGGCACACAGUUGUCAGUUGAGAAGCUUUGGGAUCGCCUUGUCGCAGUGCGAAUCAAGGGAGUUGAAGAGCAAAUUAAUGAAUUACAAGGUGAUCUGCAUGUUUUAAGGAAUAUUUUAAGAGAUGCAGACGCCAUGAAACAUACAAGUGAAAUUGUGGGACACACUGUGAAAGAUAUCAAGGAAAUUAUUUACGAUGCUGAAGAUAUAAUCGAAACCUUUCUUUUAAAGAAAGAACUCGGAAAAAAAAGUGGCAUCAGGAACAUUGUGAGAAGGUUUUCUAAACGCAUGGGGCCUGCUCUUGAUUUAGAAACCAUACGUAUGAAGAUCUCCAAGUUGAUGGGUGAUAUACAUAGGAACGGCGUAGUGCAACAGAUAAUUGGAGACGGCAACUAUUCAAAUCCAAUACAAGAAAGACAAAGGGAAAUGCGACAUACGUUUUCUAACCACUGGGAAAGUGUUCCAGUGGGGUUGGUGGAAAACGUUAAAACUUUGGUUGGCUAUUUGGUUGAUGAAGAUAGCAUUCAAGUAGUUUCUAUAACUGGGAUGGCCGGUAUUGGUAAAACUACCCUCGCUCGACAAGUUUUCAAUCAUGAGAUGGUGAAAACUCAUUUUGACGGGUUUGCGUGGGUGUGUAUUUCAACACAGUAUACAAGGAAAUAUGUGUGGCAGACGAUCUUGCAGAGUCUUAGUCCAGAUCAGGAGGUGUUAGAGAUGAAUGAAGUAGAACUUCAAGAAAAACUCUUUCAAGUAUUGGAAACACGAAAGGCUUUGAUUGUCCUUGAUGAUAUCUGGAAGAAAGAAGACUGGGACAGAAUAAAACCAAUUUUUCCACGACGAAAAGGUUGGAAGGUACUACUUACUUCUCGCAACGAGGGUGUAGCAUUAGAAGCACAUCAGCCAUGUUUCAACAUUAAACCAGGUUUUCUGACUCUCAAAGAAAGUUGGACACUUUUGCGAAGCAUAGUCGAAUACGAGGUUGAUGAUGAAAUGGAAGAGAUCGGUAGGCACAUGAUCAAACAUUGUGGAGGACUACCAUUGGCUAUUAAGGUGUUAGGAGGGUUGUUAGCUGUCCACCACACAUUAGAUGACUGGAAAAGGGUUUAUGAGAAUAUUGGAUCUCAAAUCGUUGGAGACGCAAAUAUGAUUUCUUAUCAACAAGUUUUGGAGCUGAGCUUUGAAGAGCUGCCUGAAUAUUUGAAGCUCUGCCUUCUCUUCCUAGCCCAUCUUCCAGAAAAUAUUGCAAUAGAUGUGGAGGAUAUGUCCUAUUACUGGGCUGCAGAAGUAAUAUUAUGGGACGAUGGAGCGACCAUUCAAGAAGUUUCAGAUGAAUACAUAGAAGAAUUGGUAAAGAGGAACAUGGUUAUUUCUGAACGAGACGACGACAAGACUUCUGGAUUUCGGAAAUGUCGCUUGCAUAACAUGGUGAGAGAAUUUUGUCAGAGUAAAGCCAAAGAAGAGGGUUUCUUACAAAUUGUUGAUACAAAUACUGCCACCUCAACUCAAAAUUCUCAAUCCCAAUGUAAAUCUCGUAGAGUCUUGUUCAUACAUUCGUCUAAUCAUACAUUUGAUGUUGAGGAGUAUACCCAGAAUCCAAGCCUCAGAUCUCUUUUGUUUAUUAAGCACAACUGGGGUGCAAAUUGGAAGGUAUCAGAUUUAUUCUUCACAAGGCUACAGUUGAUGAGGGCUUUAGAUCUCUCUGGAGCUGAGUUUGAAGGGGAUAAGUUAUCUUCCGAUAUUGGAAAUCUCAUCCACUUGAGAUAUUUGAAUUUAUAUAUGUCAAAGGUAUCUCAUCUACCUUCUUCUAUGCAGAAUCUGAGGAAGCUUGUCUAUUUAAACCUAUGUGUAGGUGCGAUAUAUCCAAUCUGCAUGCCCAAUUUCUUGAAAGAGAUGGGAGAACUGAGAUACCUAUUUUUACCGGAUGAUAUGCAAGAUAUGAAGAAAAGGUUGGAAUUAGGUAAUCUAAUCAACUUGGAGACGUUAGAGAAUUUCUCAACAAAGCAUAGCAGUGUGACGGAUCUGCACUGUAUGACAAGGCUCACAACUCUCUCAAUCAUAUUCAACGGCGAGGGGUGUACUAUGGAAACUCUAUCUUCAGCUCUCGGUGAUUUGAAACACUUGGAGAAAUUGACUAUAGGCAAUAAGAGGGUAGUCGGAGUACGUGUUAAGGGGAAAGUGCUUCCCCUGUAUAAUAAGGCUGGUUCAGCGAAAAAGUCUUUCUGUGGGGAGAAAAUGGUUUGCUCAAGGGGUAAAUUUCUUCAACUGAAAAAGCUUUACUUAAAUGGAUUAGCCAAGUGGGAAAAAUGGAUAAUAGAAGAAGGUUCCAUGCCCUGUCUUCAAAGUCUGAGUAUUAUUGGGUGUCGACAGUUAAAGGAAGUUCCUGAUGGGUUGAAAUUUAUCACAUCUCUGGAAGAACUGACUAUUAUGAAACCUGGAAAGGGAUUUAAGGAGAAAUUUUCUAGAGGAGGAAAAGAUUACUACAAAGUCCAACACAUUCGUGUUUUGAUAUUUUCUGAAUAUGACAUGAAUUUUUCAGAUGAGGAGUAUGAUGAUACAGAGUUCCGGGUGUAUUAUCUCUGAAGCCAAAAUCUUCUCAAAUGGCUCGUGAUCCUACGGGUAAACAUGAAUAUCUCUAUUUUGCAUUUGUUUUUUCUUUUCAUAAUCAAUCCUUUGGCUUUUGUUCAAGUACUUCACGAUAGAUCGAAAGGACAAGUGGUUGUUUCUUUUUUUCUUAUCCAAAGACAAGUGGUUGUUUCUGUUUUUGUAACGACACAUGGUGCUUUCUUCAGCACUAGUCGUAGAUUUUAUUGUUCUUCGUUUUCUAUUGUUGUUGGCUAUAUUUUCUGUUAAUUUCGAUCCGACCAAGGAAACAAAAUUUCCAUUUU